AUGGCGGCUAACUCUACGAGACGAACCCUACAAUUUUCUUCAUCUUCUGCAAAAACCCUUUUGUGCCGUACACCAUCUUCACCUUUUGCCUCCAAAGCUUCUAAUCUUAUCGAACUUACUGCCGUCAAGCCCACUUCUGCUCCUCGACUCGCUGCUCAGAAGCUCAAGUUAUCAAGAUUUCCAGUGGAGUUGGCGGGUGUGCAAUCAUUGAUCCCAUUGCAUAGUGCUACUGCUUCUGCCUUGUUCACUUCGCUCCUAUCUUUGCACAAUAACAGCUGGGGAUGCCUAUCAGAAGGUACUCUUCAGAGUUUACCUUCGUUUUCAUACAGUGGCUAUGUCUGUGGCUUAUGA